GCCAUUUUGUUGAUGUUGCAAGAUCGAUGUGACAUUUUUGUGAUUUAACGCGUAAUAAUUCUAUAAGUAUAUAAUUUUUGAUUCUUACUUAUUAAUUUUUUCAAUAAUUAAUGAUCACAAAUGGUGUAUAAUUUGUAAUUUGACAAAAAAUAAAAACUAUGUCACGGUACGGUGAUUGUAAAAUAUACGUAGGAGAUCUCGGGAACAAUGCAAGCAAACCAGAGUUGGAAGAUGCUUUCUCAUACUACGGUCCACUAAGAAACGUUUGGGUGGCAAGAAAUCCGCCGGGCUUUGCUUUUGUCGAAUUUGAAGAUCCUCGUGAUGCGGAAGAUGCCAUACGCGGUUUAGAUGGCCGAACUAUAUGUGGGCGCCGGGCUCGCGUAGAGUUGUCCAAUGGCGGUCGCGGCUAUAGCGGACGCGGCCCACCACCACGCUCACGUUUGCCUCCUCGCCCUUAUGACGACCGCUGUUAUGAUUGUGGUGAUCGUGGACACUAUGCCAGGGACUGCAGCCGUCGCCGCAGGCGCAGGUUAUCAUUGGCCUGUGCGCCGAGAUCAAACUCUUCAGUGUCUGCACUUCUUAUUGUCUGCGCUACGUAGCUUUCACUUCGCUGCGUGUUCUGCGCUAAUGUUGGCUACUACAGUUACUUCGCUCUGCGAACCUCGUACCAACCUACGUGCACGCUUCACUUGAGAACUACAUUGAGCAUAGUGUACUUACUGCGCGUCGCGUCACGACUUUUGUAAUCACUGCGUGCACUCAGUGAGUUACACAUUAUUAUCCUGCAUCUGUCAUCAGAGCAGAUCAAAUAGAUAACCAAACAGAAUUGACAAAUCUUAUUUUUUUAUAAACACUGAAGAGUAACUAAGAUAUAUAUUGGGAGUAAAUGGAGUUUGUAAGUUAGGUAUAGAUAGGCUGAAGAGUUGGUAAGAAAUAGCACACGGUAGACAAAAAUGUCUUUUAGUAGCCAUCAAACAUUUCCAUAUUCAUGUCCCUUGUUUUCAGUUUUCAGUUUAUAAAAAAUUAUAGAUAACAAUAUUCAACAUAAAUACAAAUUACAAAAUAAACAAAAAACCUUAAAUCUAACUUAUAAUAUAAUACUUUAUCAUA